GUUCAAUUUCGUCUCAAGGAUUUGUUUAUAACUAUAACGCUAAACAAAUAGGUCUAAGUCUAAUCUUUUGGGGGAUCGUUGAAUGCCAAACACUUCAUUAAAGCGAUGAAUAUGUAUUAUCUAUGCAGCAUAUUAGUAUGCUUAUUUGGGUCAAAGAUUUAAUCGGGGGUAGAUCUAAAAAUCUAGAAUCUAGAUCUAAUUCAUUAUGUUAUUAUUAUUUAUUGUACCAGCUGUUUAGCCUUUGGCCUUAGCCUUAGCGUCGUCAUGACUCAUACCUAAUACAUAAGCAGUGCUUAGUAAAAGUAUUUUCUUGAUUAGAUCUAUUCUAUUCUUAACGCUUUCUGUAAAAUAAUAGAUUUUGAAAUAAACAAACAAUAAAAACAUCGGUGAACUUAUUGUCUUUGUCGACUUUUGGGGUUGUUUACUCACUUCGCGGAUUGAAGACUCUAAGGUCAUUUAUCCAAUGGCCUUGACAUUGGGACGUUUGAUGUGAACUAGGAAGCUAAGGCCGACUGGAUACCGGUGUCGCAAUGUGUAUAUAGAGUCUAGACUCUUUGAUUUAUAGUUGUUUUUAAAUUAUACUAAAUCUAGUUGUGUUGUACUUAAAGAGGCUCGAUUUUAUUUUAGCCAACAGGAAACAUUUGUGCUUUUCACUAAGCUUUUCCAUCAUGCCGGUAGACAUGACCAGCGUAGACAGUCCACCCGGUGGAGGCAAAAAGGUCCCUCUAUUUAAAACUCCAUCUACAGAAAGAGCUGAUGUAGGAAGUCCAAAGCGGCCUCCACUUGAAACCCAACAGUCUACAGCAUCAAUGAAGAGAAGAUCGUACAGCAGAAGAGCUUCAUCCAGUUUUGAUUUUGCUCACAUUGACUCUGUGCAGUCCUGCCCCAGUUUAAAACUAGAAGAAAUAGAUUUGAGUAAAGUGCCAUGGUGGACAUCACACAGGUUCUGGUUGGCCGUUUUGAAUUUUUUUGGUUUUGUUGUUUUGUAUGCACAGCGAGUCAAUUUGAGUAUUGCCAUAGUAUCUAUGGUGUCUCAUACACACACAAAGGCAAAUAGCAGUUUGUACAUGAACCUAAGCACUACUCACUCUUACCUGAACACAACCAAAGCACCAAAUUUACCAGAAGACAAAUGUCCUAAGCUGGAAGCCAAAGAAACUAAAGCUGAAUUUCAUUGGAGUAAAGAGCUGGAAGGUCUAAUCCUUGGUGCUUUCUUCUGGGGUUACCUGGUGCUUCAAGUUCCUGGUGGCCGUAUGAGUGAAAAGAUUGGUGCGAAGAAAGUGGUUGCAUUUGCCAUGUUCCCUGUGGCUAUUUUAACUUUGUUGUCACCAAUAGCUGCACGAACUGAUCCAUACUUUUUCAUGGUUGUCAGAGGUCUGAUUGGAUUAGGAGAGGGUGUAAUGUAUCCUGCUGCUCAAGCAUUCUGGGCUAACUGGGCCCCACCCAAUGAAAGAAGUCGACUGAUUGGGUUUUCAUAUGCUGGUGGUCAGUUUGGUAACGCAAUCAUUUUCCCUAUUGCUGGCUACUUGUGUGCCUAUGGAUUUGAUGGAGGCUGGCCAAGUGUGUUUUAUAUUAUAGGUGCUGCAGGCUUCAUCUGGUGUGUUCUGUGGGUUAUUUUUGCCAACGACACGCCAGACCAAGACAAGUCCAUCAGUGAUAUUGAGAAGAAGUACAUUAAGUAUUCCAUUGGUGAGAGACAGAAAGGGAAAAAAAUUGGCAAGAAUAUUCCCUGGAAGUCAAUCUUUACCUCCGGACCAGUGUGGGGGAUCCUUGUUGCCCAUGCUUGUGGUAAUUACGGAGCGUACAUGCUGUUGACUAAGUUACCUGCUUUCAUGAAAGAGGUGUUAAAGUUUGACAUCAAGUCGAAUGGUGUUUUUUCCAUGUUGCCUUAUCUUCUGUUCUGGUUCCUGAUCACAGUCAGUGGUAUGAUAGCUGACUGUCUCAUCUCCAGGGAUAUCCUCUCCAUUGCCAAUACUAGGAAGUUAAUGGCAACUAUUGGUAUGGUGGGUCCAGCUGCUUUUUUAGUUGGUGCUGGCUUCAUGGAGUGUCAUCAACAAGCCGAGACAGUGGUGCUGAUUACGUUGGCUGUCGGUCUUUGUGGUUUCCACUUCUCCGGCUACUUCAUCAACCAUGGCGACAUUGCUCCCCCGUACGCAGGUACCCUGUUUGGUAUCUCAAAUACCCUGGCUACAGUUCCAGGAAUCAUAUCCCCUUACAUCGUCUCGGCUAUGACUAAAAAUGGAACAAAAGAAGAGUGGCGGUCCACAUUCUAUGUUGCUGCAGGAAUCUACCUCUUUGGUAACAUAUGGUACAUCAUCUUUGGUCGAGGUGAGAUUCAGCCCUGGGCAGGUGGAGAGGUCAAAGGGGAGGUAGAGGGCGUUGGCUUUGGACUGCACGAGAUCCAGGAGGCUGUGAAAGAGGAAGAGGAAGAUGAGGAUGAUGACAAGAAAAAGGGCCUGCUCAACGAUAAAGAAGGAUCACCGAAUGCUAAGGUAAUGAAACCCCCAUCGACGACUAUGUAGAACAGGAUUUAAAGCACACCAUUGUGAUGCCAACCAAUGAAUUCACUGCCUGGAGGUAUUCAAGCUAGAGUUUGAUGGAUUCUGUCUAUAUGUUGUUUGUUCUUUUAAAUUGCAUAAUGCACUCAAACUCACACAAAGAAAUUAGCAGUUGUAAAUUUUGUAAGGCUUCAAAGACAAAACCCCAGGUGUACAAGCCCAGUGUACAGAGUGCAAAGCAUGUACAAUGUAUUGUUUAUGUACGAGUCCUCUUGGUCUAGUUUCUUACUUUAUAAACUACAGAUGCUCAUUCAAAAAAAGAUUAUAGUUACAUUCUUUGCUUCAACCAUAUUGAUUGUAUAGCCAAUUAUAUUUCUAUCGGGCGUUAUGUCUAAGACAAGUAAUACACAAGCUAAGAAUGGGUUUGAUACAAUCACAAAACUGCAACACCUUGAUACAUAGAUCAUCUUGUUAGUGAUGGGGCUACAACCGCAAUAUUAUGACAUCUUGACCCAUGUCAUCUUGUUAUUGAAGGGGUUAGAACUACAACAUUGCAACAUCUUGACCCAUGUCAUCUUGUUAUUGAAGGGGUUAGAACUACAACAUUGCAACAUCUUGACCCAUAGGUAUCUUGACCCAUAGGUCAUCAUUGUUAGUGAUGGGUAACUUUGCAACUCAAAAUAAUAAGCAGAAUGUAUUGAUACAAAAAUAAAGACUAGGAAUCUCUUAUACACAUUAGCACAUAAGACUUGGUCUUAACUUUAAGACGAAAAAUGUUAUGACAGUAUUAAACUGUAAGUAGUUUUCCUAGACUAGAUCUACAUUAACAUGAUUUAGUUUAGUUGAUGUUAUAGGAGGCAUGACAAGGAGAUGGUUAAAUGGUUCAAUUGAUCAUGUGAAUUUUAGCAAGUAUUUGUUUGUGUAAGAGGGAGAAAAUACUAGAUCUAAGCUCCACAUAAGUUAUGAUAAGUAGGACUAGAGUCUAAGUUGUUUUUGUAUAAUUAGUAAUUAAUAUAAUAUAUAUUUAUAAUAUAUGUAUGUAUAUAUAUAUAUGUAUAUAUACAUACAUACAUAAUAUAGUAGUAUAGGUUAUGUCAGAUGUCACACUUAAUGACUUAGGCCCCUACAGAGUCUACCAUGGGUUUUGGAGUUUUUUUCUGGAUCUAGACUAAUCUAGAUGUAGACUUAGAUCUAGACUAUAAAUAAUCUAGUAUUUGUUACAAUUUGUAACAAACUUUGUUCUUUUCCGAUUGUAAAAUUCAAAUCUUAAAAAUUAAAGUUGUAAAUGAUUAUUUUGACAUCUCAUUUUUAAUAAGAAUAUAAAGGUAACCAUAUAUCUAAAUUUAUUUGUGAAUACCAUCAAAAUGUUUAACUAUUUUAUGUAUGUUUUAUCGAAUUAAUGAAAAAUAUACUAAAUCUAGAUCUAGAUAGUUUUCUCCAUACAAAACUAUCUAGAUCCGUCAUCUUGUUGAUGUACUUACUAAAUUAAUAUUUGAGAGUAACAUUCCUUUGUAACGGUUGCAAGACAAAUUGUUCAUCCGACAUCUAUAUAGAUGCUAAAGUGAACCAAGAUUGGGUAUAAUCCGAUUUUGUAUGAACAAGUGUGAACUUAAGUCAUAUUCAAAAUAAAUAAUUACAAACUGAAA